GUGGCGGAUGAGGAUGAUGAAGUUUCAGUCUCCGCCCACGGUAUAGAGAAUCUGGGCCAAUCAGCGCGGACAUCCAGAGCGAGUUGUGGAACUUGUGUGACGUCACCCCCCCUCCAAUCAGAGCACGUAGCCGGAGCUGCGGGGCUGGUGCUGGGAAAUGCUGGGACUGGGACGUCACGCAGCUGGCGAGCUGUGGUGAUAGUGGCGGCUAGGAGCGGUGGAAGGAUGUGAUCGGCCACUGCUGAAGCUAUUGGAUUCCGUGGGGUAGAUCGUGUCUGCGAGGCGGCUGACUGGAAUAGAUUAAAGAACACUGCAUGCUUCAUUAAUGUAAAAUAGUAAGAAGUCAUACAUAAUAAAAUCCCCUGUGAUUGCAGUGGCACAAAGAACGGGGUGGAAUGGAGGAAAAAGAGAGAUGCGGAAACAGAUUCUGCUCUUGUGAUUAAAAGGCUUAAAAGCACAAGUAUUGUCCCUUUCUUAUUCUUGACUACGACUUGUACCUGGACAUUUAUAACUUGAUACAGCACCACAGCGCCUCCAUUUUUUUCUCUACAAAGGAACAUGGAUUAUAAAUUGCAUGAGCCAUAUUAAGACUUCCAGUGCACAAUCACCAUAAAGGACUUUUCUAGAACUUUUUACAUUAUUGCAGUUUUGUUCUAAGCUUUGUUCUCAGCCAUGAGCUGCGUACCAUGGAAAGGAGAUAAGGCAAAAUCUGGAAGUGAGUUUCAAGAGCCUCUUCCAACACAAAUCUACCAUGAGAAACAGCGUCGGGAGCUUUGUGCGCUCCAUGCCUUGAAUAAUGUCUUCCAGGAUGCUGGAGCGUUCACUCGUGAAGCCCUUCAGGAGAUAUUCCAGAGGUUGUCUCCCAACACUUUGGUGACCCCACACAAGAAAAAUAUGUUGGGGAAUGGGAACUAUGAUGUCAAUGUGAUUAUGGCAGCACUGCAGACCAAGGGUUAUGAGGCAGUGUGGUGGGAUAAGAGAAGGGAUGUUGGCUUAAUUUCUCUCUCUAAUGUUACUGGGUUUAUUAUGAAUCUGCCAUCCAGUCUGUCCUGGGGACCCCUAAAGCUCCCGCUUAAGAGGCAGCACUGGAUAUGUGUACGUGAGGUAGGAGGCACUUAUUUCAACCUGGACUCUAAACUGAAGAGACCGGAACGAAUUGGAAGUGAUGACGAGCUAAGAAAAUUUUUACAGCAUCGGCUAAGAGGCAAAAACUGUGAGCUACUCCUAGUGGUGCCAGAGGAGGUUGAAGUUCAUCAGCGCUGGCGGACUGACCUGUAACCAACCUUGGACUUUAUUUUUUAUUAUUAUUAUUAUUUUUGUCCUCUCAUUCACUACAGUUUUUAGGAGUUGUUGACAAUCUCUGUUCUGGAUAGGGUUCCCCAUCUCUCCUCCAGAAAAAAGGGUCAGGCAUGGAGCCUGAGGGCUUUUCACUUUGACAGUGCAAUAUGGAGGAUAAACCCACGGCGAUUACUUUCAUUGGUCUGUGUGGAUGCAGAAAGUGUUUGUUUCAUCUCAGUAAGGUCUAAAAGAAAUAAAAACACAAAAACAAACCCCCACCACCAGUGACAUACCUUGUAUCUGUGGCUACGCAUGUGAAUUCGGCACAGCGGUAAACAUGACGGACUAGGAACAGGUUCAUGCACCAUUGGUAUUUGUGAGAUCUAUACAGUGCAAUUAUCAUUUUUUUUUUUAUGUUUAUUUUAUAUAUGUUAUAGGUUUAUGCUGUAACGUUUACAGGCAAGAGUGGUUUAACUGAUGUAAGCCAUGGUCCUAAUGUAAAACAUUUAUUUUAGUCUACGAAACAUCCAGUAUAACAUGACUACAAAGAAGCUGAGCCAUCCUAUUUUAUGCACGAUGUCUAAAAGCCUCACCCUUGUCAAGAACUAAGAAGUGCUCUUCUAUACCUAAGAAAUAUUUGUAUAAGAAAUGGAAAUGGAGCCAUUUGGCAACUAUAUCUUAAUCUUUACCUUUGUCUGAGCAAAAUAACUGGUGCAUUCAGGAUUGUUUGUGGUUAGCCAAAAUAUGACCUGUUUUAAGGUAGUCCAGAACCAUUGUAGUGUAAUAUGCAGUGAUAAAUUAACGUAAAUUUGUUCCCUGGUGCCAUAAUACCUGAACAUUAGAAUAUAUGUGAUCAGUUAAUUGUACCACAAUAAUCUAUUAAAUUCAGCAUAUCACCAAGGGAAUAAGUAACUUGGUAUCCACGUUCUGUCUCCAUUUUGGCUUGCACCAUUCACUUGGCACUCACACUUCCCAACACAUAUCAUCAUGUUUUACACCAAGUGAUGUGGUAUGCUGCCUUCAUGAAGUUCUAAGUGUUUGACAUAUCUGUAUGAGACCACAUGUAGGAAAUUAUGGCAAGGGCAAUCUUUUAUGCUAUACAAACCGUGGCAGACACAGCGGGACAGGCUGAAAUUUAGAAUUGAUGGACUUAAGCAAGCUCUUUUACAAGAUAGCAACUGUCCUCUUUGAAGCCAGUAUUUUGCAGAUGAGGUUUGGAAAAACACAUUUUUCCCGUUUUAAAAAGCUUUAUUCCGUAUGGAGAUUUAUCAUCUGCAAUGAUUAUACUGUUGAGCAACUGAUUACAUUAACCAACAAAUGUUGCCUCUGAAUAUUUGUAUGUCAGGACUUGUAGCCAGCACUAAUAUUCCUGUUCCUUCCCUUUUGCAAGGGACACUGACACCAAAACACAAUUGGGGGCCGUUAUAUGAAAACUGGUGUAACACCUUUGAAUCCAGACUGUAGUGUAUUCUCUAGUACAGUUUAAAAAAAGGAAAGCAACCGCCUUAUUGCUAAAGCAAGUGCAUAUGUUUGUUUGCACCAGUUGUUAUUAAUGUCCCACACAGGUACUGUAUGUUACUGGCACACAUUCUAAGAUUGGUAUUGCCUGCUGGUUGAUAUUGGUAAUCAUCUAUUGUUGGAGCAUGUAAAGUUAGUUUAUAAGAAGUACUGAUUCUUCAUACUUUGAGUAGUAAAUGUACUAUAUUUUUGUUAUUUUAAACUUUUUUUUUUUUUUCCUUCAGUCUGUUACGUGAGUGAUACAAGAAUUCCAAAUGAAACAAUUGGUGACCUAAUUUAUACAGGUCUUUUUUUUUUUUUUUUGUUCAGUUUGAACUAAUUUAAUUUUGAUUCUGAUGAACGUAAAGUCAGGUUUACCAAGCAGCAACCCACUGUAAUGCCUUUAUCGCCGAGACUUCUAAAUUGGGGAUAACGUUAAGUAAAGAUUUGCUAUUGUACUAUUUGACCAUCCUGGUCUAUAAUUCAAAUUGUAUGUGAGAUAUAUUUAAGAAUCAUAACAGAUUCAUAUUGUAAUCCAGCGGUAAGUAUGCAAUCUGUGGAUUUACAGCCAUUCUUGAAUUAACAUUCCCAGCCAAUCGUACUACAAGCAUGGUACAGUGACAGUUCUAUAGCUAAAGGUUGCUAAUUAAUGUUACUAGGUUCAGAGCUGCUAGCAAGGUUUGCAGGUUUAAUCUGACCACUGCAGGAGAUGGGGUGGGUAGGAGUCCUUUCUAAAGGCCCAUAUACACGGGAAAGAUGUGUGCUUAGCGAACCGCUCAGCACACAUCUCUCCCGCCGCUCAGCACAGCGCGAUGUGUGCUGAGCGAUGCGGGGGAGGACGGGGGGCCGCUUAUUUCACACAGCGGGUGAAUUGAGCGACGUGCUAGAUUGGCCUGCAUGCAGGCUCAAUCUAGCACCGGCGAUAGCGCAUCGCUAUCGCUGUGGGGGGGCUACACACGAGUGAUCUGUACUUAAAAUCUAAGCAAUCUAGUCAGAUUGCUUAGCUUUUAAGCAUGGAUCUCUCCGUGAGUACCCCCCUUUACUCACCCAAAUCUAAUCUCUGCUAGGUGUUCUAAGAAUCUGUCCUCAUAGGCAAUGGGUCACAGCUUGUAAGGAACAGGCAGGAACAGUUUUCGUUUCCAUAAAAUUUCCUACAAAGUCUGAAAACAGAUCAUAAAGCAGAAAACAAUUGAAUUUUUUAUGCUAUUUUCUGUGCUAUUUGUUUACAGAGAAAAUGUAUUUUGUUAUCCAAACAUAAAAUAAAGCAAUAAUGUAAA